AUUCAAUCGUCGACUGCAACAUUCGCGGGAAUCUAUAACUCGUGGUCGAACUUCCACUACUGGCACAGACUGAAGUUUUGUCGACUUCACUCAUCCUCCAUCAACAAUACACAACAAACAUCUGCCUCCACCGCCUGACCAAUGAACUUCCAAUAAAACAUCGAUACAUUCGACGAUAAUGUGUGCACUUUUCGCCACAUCAUAUCUUGAUUUAUGGCCGACUUUGUCUCAUUGGGCAUCCACCGCCCCUCGGCUCUGCCCUACCUGAUAUCUGAAUCUGUUCUUCCUGAGCCUCCCAAUUCAGGGGACUAUACCUGGAAAGUCUAUCCAAAUUCCUCGAACGAUUCAGAAGAUGAAGUCUUAUAUACUUCUAAUUGCGUCGUCUGGUCACAAGAUGGCCAUGUCCGGAAGGUCUUCAACUUCGAUUCUAUGAAGCAACCCGUUGGUCACGCUCUGAUCACACGCUUCCGCAACGAUCUGCCUACCAAGGGUUCUGCCGAGACUACUGGUCCAGACAAUCCACACAGCUUCAACCGCGCUCUUGUCAUCGUCUUGAAAACUGAGAUGCAUAUCCACUACCUCUCGGGCUCGACCCAUGUAGUGAACGUGCCCUUCGAUGUUGAAAAGGCAUUUCCCGCUAUUGAUGGUCUGGUCAUGCAGAGGAAGUCUACUGUAUCUGCGAGAGGGCCACCGACGCCUACCAUUCCUGCUCCACCACCAAACUCGUUUGCUUCUUCACAGCCGUAUCUGUUCUCUCAGACCAGGUCUCCUGAGAUAAGAGCCAAUCGGUACCGUCCGAGCGUCCUGCCUCCAAGUCCAUCAACACACUUCAAUCUUGAUGCUCUGUUCCAGGAUCUUACCAAGGGCUCGGACUCGCAAAUCAUCGAUGAGCUGCCUCGAUUCUAUUCAUUGGAAAACCCACUGUCAGAUUUAGCACCCGUUUCGCACGCCAGUGUUUGUCGCCAACCUCGCUUUCCUCGUCCCGGCGCUCCCAAUGCUCCCAUUGUGGAGUAUGACAUGCUCGACCCUGCGGAAGAGCUUGUUUAUGUAUCGUCACAGGACGAGCUUGCUGAAACUGCAGAAUCUACUGACGCUCCCUUGUUCUUGAUGGUCACAGUGAAUAGAGAGCUAGGUCAGAUCACGGUGUGGCAAGCAUGGUACUUGCAGCCUCCUAAGCUUUCUGACCUUUUGUCCCAACGUGCAGCACAUCGAGCAGCGAAGGCUAAGCGCCCCAGUUCUGUGAUGACUAGCCGCACAGCAGGCGCUUCUACUCCUGCUUUGAAGCAUCGCGAUCAUCGCGAUAGGGUACGAGAAAGCUUUGCUGCGUCUACGAGAUUAUCUGUCGCUUCAACCACAAGACCUUCAAAAGAUGAUGAGGAGGAAGUUAUGGCAUCUCAAAUGGACCCGGAAUAUCUGCUUAAGAAACCUUCUAGCGGUACCAGGCGAGUGAGCUCCAUUCUCUCACGCGGUGAUGUUGGUCACUCAGACCCUUCCAUCAAACAGACCGCUCUCGGUGCUAGCUUUAGUGGUGCUGGACGUCGUUACCCUUCCAUGGGGAGCUUUACUGAUCGUGAUCGCCGGAGUUUUGGCGCCAACCAAGUGCUCCGCAAGAGUCGCGCGUCGACACCAGGAAGUCUCUUCAGCAAAAGCAUUGGACCGGACGAUGCUACUGAGAUCGAAAACAGUCGAAAUCAAGAUUACAAUGACGAGUAUGAGAGUGCCGAGCGACUGAUUGGCGCAACCCACAAGUCCGCUGGUACAGAAUCUGUGCUAGGCUCGUCGCCUGAUGGGCUCCGGAAGGAGCUCGUUAUACGCAAGCUAGAUGUCUUCAUGACAGAUGUGUCGAAUUUUGGGUCGGCUGCGAUCGAGGACCUAAUCAAAGUGUCUCCAUUGAUCCAUCCUUCUCAGUCAGAGCAAAACAACUGUCUGAUUUCGAUCUACAUCCUCGAUAAGUCUUCAGGGUCUAUGACGACAGUAAAAUUGCGUGUACAGAAGAGGCACGAAUCUGGAUCCCAACCUGGCAGAUACGAUCUAGCGCGAUAUAUGCCUAUACCGUUUCUCUGCGACCGAAACAUGACUCACAACAUCACCGAUAUCACCAAGAUUCAAGACGGAAGAGCCACAGCUAUUGCCCACCUUUCAGCUACUUCACAAGAACUUGGCAUCAUCCCUGCGCGAGGGGUUACAUGGUCAUUGCCGAUAUCAUCCCAAAUGCGUACAUCACACCCAUCUCGUGUUGCAAGUAUCCUGCAAUCAUCCAGCAGUGACAAGCAGGCCUCACAACCACUUCAUUGGCCUUGUACACUACAGUACCCUGGAAACCAAGGCAAAGUCACGGUCGUCUCUUCAGAUGGCUUCGAAAACCGCUUCCAGGUACGGCUGAGUCCUAGAUCGACCGCCGUGCGCCACGUUCUCGAACUUUGCCAGUCAGUACUUCCAACAAAAGAGGGAGGCUCGAUUGCUGCUAUUUGGUGUAACAUACAUCACCGUUUUGCAAGCGAGGGAACACAACUUACCAGUGGACUCGAUGUCGAGUGGGAAGCGUUGAUCGUAGCCCUCUUUGCAUUUGCGGCUGGCUCCAUCGGAAGAGCCUUGCGAGGUAACCAGAGAAGUAAGUCUUCGACGGUGGAUGGGUCACGACUCGGUACAUACGGCAGCCAAUUACGGUCUCGCAGUCUGGAAUCGGAUCUUGACAAGCUCACCUCGCCUGCAUGGAACUGGCUCGAGAAGCCUACUACGAACGUAAAGCUUAGUGCCGUUACUCCAAGAUCAAGACUCAGAACUCCCCGAAGCACACAUAAACCCAAGAAGCACCCCUUCUCGCUGAUAGAAUACGAGACAAUGGCCCGUCAUCUAUUGCACGACAUCGCUGUGGAUGAGUUGGACUGGUUAGUGUCCCCGGAAGCCGCUGAUUCGCGUUAUCUAUGUUGCACCAAGAUAAUGCUGGUGCUGUACCUUUUUAGAGAAGAGCGCAAACUCAGCUCGCUUUCAGAUGACGCGGGUAGGAUCGUUGCUGGCUCUCUUUGUGCCAUCAUUGCCCAAUUUGGGCAGUGGCUGUCACUUGACUCAUGGUCUAACAGAUCUGGCGCCUACCUUGAGAUGGAAGGUGAGAUUAGUGAUUGGGACUUGUCCUCAUCCAUGAUGAACACGUCCGUCAAAGCCUUACAAGAUUCUUGCCCCCUGCCUCGGUCCGUUUUUGCUUGGGUCGAAAAGAGCUUCGUUCAGGGAGUAGCGAAUCCCUUCUUGAGCCUGGAAACGAUAGCCGCUUUGGGGUUGGAGUCACCGCUCACCACAACUUCAAAACUUACGAGCGAGAUUUUGCCUCGACUCAGUUCUUUGCGAUCGUUAGCAGCUCGUUUCCCGACCAUCAAAACCACACCCAGCGCGUUGGUAGAGAUGAUGAAGCAGGUUAACCUUGGCCCCGGUGCCUUCGAAACUCUUCCAGAGGGAGUGCUUGCCCCACUCCGUGAGGCUAUCACUCGUUGUCAGACAUCACCCCCUACAACAUGGUCUGCUGAUCUUCUAGAAUUCAUUGCGCGGGAGGACCUGAUCGGGCUGUCACAACUGAACAAGGACGCUAAUCGUCCAUCAAGUCGAGGAGCGCCUCCUAAUGUUUUAGUCCCACACGACGUACAGACAAUUUAUAGUUCUGCCGAUCGUGCUCCUCUCACGGCCAAAACGCACGAAGCAGAGAGGCACGCAGUGAUCUCGCUCAUUUUCUCCGAGGAUCGCCGCUUUGUCGAUGCUGCCCGGUUGAUGAACCCGACUGCGGUCCAGAUAGCUGAGUGUGCACCACAACCUGAAUGGUCGGAGGUUGAGCAUCUUGAGCAACAGAAACGGGUCAUGCAGUGGGUUAUGGUACGAACACUUGCACUUUCGCCAGGAGAUGGUAUGAUUCACUUCGAAAGUCAGCGACCUCUUCUUUCGGAAAAGUUCCAAAUCAAAGGCUUCAGCACAUCUUGUCAGAUGAAGCCGAUGGACACCACCAUCAGCGCCGAUCGAAGUGGGUUCACUGAAGAGAAAUUUGCAUGGACUUUCUUCCAUGCAGGUGUCUCGGCAGGACUGAGCAUUUCGCGAAAUGCUACGGGUAUAGAUACUUCGUGGAUUGUCUUCAACAAACCUGCAGAACUCAGUAACCGACAUGCCGGGUUUCUUCUGGCGCUCGGUAUCAACGGCCAUCUCAGGACUCUUGCCAAAUGGCUUGCGUUCAAAUAUCUGACACCAAAACAUAACAUGACUUCUAUCGGCCUCCUUUUGGGCUUGUCAGCGUCGUAUCUUGGAACAAUGGACACCCUUCUCACUCGAAUGUUGUCUGUACACAUCACAAGAAUGCUGCCGCAUGGAGCUGCCGAGCUUAACGUCUCGCCUAGUACGCAGACUGCCGGACUGAUGGGUAUCGGUUUAGUGUACUAUGAUACGCAGCAUCGAAGAAUGAGUGAGAUCAUGCUUUCCGAGGUCGAACAUCGGGAAAUCGAGGAUCCCGGAAGUACAAUGGAACAGCUGCGUGACGAAUCUUACCGACUUGCUGCCGGCUUUGCCCUUGGAUACAUCAAUAUAGGAAAGGGUCGCGACUUGCGUGGUCUUCAUGGUAUGAACUUGCUAGAGCGGUUGCUGACGGUCGCUAUUGGACCUCGACCAGUCGAGCUUGUUCAUGUCGUUGACAAAGCCACUGCUGGUGCAGUCAUCGCGAUCACUUUGAUCUACAUGAAGACUGGUGAUCGGUCGGUAGCUCGAAAGAUAGACAUUCCGGAUACACUUGCCCAGCUCGAGCAUUGUCGGCCAGACAUGUUGCUUCUUCGUACUGUUGCGAGCCAUCUUAUCUUGUGGGACGAGAUCACUGAUGAGCCGGACUGGAUCCGCAGGAACCUUCCUGUCGAGUAUGCGAAUCGCUAUUACGGUCAUGUUCCCAAACCUUCGAUGAACAUGAGCACCCUUCCUCAACUACGCAGUAAGGACGUUCCGGUGUUCAAUAUUCUGACUGGUCUUGCCUGGAGUCUAGCGUUGAGAUUUGCGGGCAGUGGUAACCAACGAGCACGGGAUCAGGUAAUCUCGGUUCUCAAGGCGUUCAUUGCAGUGACAAAGCAGGAUACCUUCUUCUAUGACGCGAAAUUGGCCAGAGCGACAGUCAAGCGAUGUAUUGAUGUGCUUACGCUUGCCAUAGCAACCAUCAUGGCAGGCACUGGCGAUCUGCAAAGCUUUAGAUAUCUGCGUUCAUUGCAUGGUCGAGUUGACUCAGAAACCACGUACGGCUCCCACCUGGCAGCUCAUCUUGCAAUCGGCACAUUGUUCUUGGGCGGCGGUACAUACACGUUCGGGACCUCUGACUUUGCGAUCGCAUCUCUGAUGUGUGCGUUCUAUCCUCUCUUCCCUAGCGAUGUCUUGGACAACAGGGUACACUUGCAGGCUUUCAGACACUUCUGGGUCUUCGCGGCCGAGCCUCGCUGUAUCGUGGUGCAAGACAUUGACACUAAGCGGCCUAUUCAUGUCAAGCUCCGAGUCACCACGCGAAACGGAAAGCAGCAACAGAUGACUUCCCCAUGCUUGCUACCCGAAUUGGGCACCAUAUCGCGUAUCAGCACAGAUGAUCCAGCAUACUGGCAGGUCACACUAGACUUUGCUGCGAACCCGAAACAUCUUGCUACCUUCCGUCGCUCGCAAACGGUCUACGUGCGUCGUUGUCCGCCAGGUGAAGCUUCGAACAGUGUCUUUAGUACAACACUUUCGGCUCUCAUAGACGCUCAAUCUAGUCUCGGUGGUCGCCAGAUGUGGGAGUGGAUUAUCAACCUUCCUGCAUUUGAAGAUUUUGAUCAGGCGGACUUUGGUCUCAUACUGCCUACUGAUCCGCGCAGCGCUACUCAUCUGGACGAUAAAUUGACAGCUGUAGAUAGUAGGUUAGUGUUGAGCCGUAGUGUGGACUCGAGAAAGGCGGAUGCUUUGUGGAGCUUGAGGUUGCUAUUUGAAUGGGCACAAGAUGCCAUGGACAAUGGUGAUGGCAGGUUGAGGUGGAUAGGCAAGCACGUGGUCGAUAUGCUACAGGCAAGAGUUACAGAGAGUUCGAGCAGCUCAUGA